AUGCGACCACCGCUGCGUCGCGUCUCAGGCCGGCGCUUACUCAAACUUAAUAAACUCAUAGCGCAACGAUUUAACAACGAUUUCUACAAACUACUUUACAAAUACCAAGAUGGUCAAAGGCGAUUCAAUGAUGACGAAUUUGCAAACAAUUACAUCACUCGGCCAAUCAAAAGAUUCCCUGUAGGCCUCUAUUACUCACUCAUGGGAGAAGAUCUGACCGAGACAAAUCCAAAAAGAUCAGAGGAUGAUUUGGACUCUGUGUUAUCCGGGUACUAACGACGAUGUGGAAUGAACGGCUACUAUUGUGUAUACCUAUAUUUUCGGAUCUUCCAUAAAUAACUUUGAAAACAAUGCGCCAAUCCGUGCUAAUGAGCACAGUACGAACAAUUAAUAGAGUAAAGGUUUUGUCAAUUG